AUGGCCUCAAUCGCGGCGCCUGAGGGUGGGCAGGAGUAUGGACGUAGGUUGAUACCCACACUAGUCGAUGAAAUGGCGGCUUCUACUCCGGAUCACGUCUAUGCUUCGAUACCUCGCCAUCAAGACUUUACCGGUGGCUUCGACGAUGUUACUUCUCGAAAAUUGGCUCGCGCAGUCAACCGGGCUGCCUUUUGGAUCGAUGAAAAACUUGGAAAGAGUGCCAAAUUCGAGACAAUCGCAUAUCUUGGUCCAAGUAAGGCAGACAUGCUCGGGAAGAAUGUUGCUAAGUUCCAUCAUCGGUGGACCUCAGAUACUACAUCGUUGCGGUCGCUGCUGCGAAAGUGGGCUACAAGGUGA